AUGACAGCCAAUUCAACUAUAGAAGAACCACCAAAAAGAUUUGGUUUAGAAUCUCAAGUUAAAAGAAAUCCUCAUCCUGAUUUUAAAAAAGUUGAAAAUUCAAGACCUCCAUUUGAUGAUGAUUUAAAUUGGAAAUAUACUCAAAUCCCAAAUAAAGAUUGGAAAAUUGGAUCUGGUGCAAAUGAUCCAACUUGGUCUGAACAUAAAAAAAUCACCAUUGAUCCUUAUGGUGAAAAUAGAAAUCCAGUCGAUAAUUAUAAAUUAUUAAUUGGUGCCAUUACUCCAAGACCAAUUGGAUUUCUUUCAACUAUAAGUAAAGAUGGUGUAACUAAUUUAGCUCCAUUUUCAUUUUUUAAUUUAGUUAAUCAUGAUCCUCCAAUCUUUGCUAUUGGUUUCUCAUGUAAUAAAGCAAAUCCAAAAGAUAGUUUACGUAAUAUUCUUGAAACUGAAGAAGUGGUAAUUAAUAUUAUAAGUGAAUGGUUUAUUGAAGCUGCUAAUUUUUGUUCUACAAAUUCUCCAUUUGGAAUUGAUGAAUUUAAAUUAUCAGGUUUAACUCCAUUACCAUCUGAAAAAGUCAAACCUCCUCAUGUGGGUGAAUCUGCAUUUUCUAUAGAAGCUAAAUUAUAUAAAAUUGAAGAAUUUCAAUCAAAAGCAGUUCCAGGCAAAGCUAGUGGUACUUUAGUAUUAGUUGAAGGUAUAAAUUUCCAUGUUAGAGAUGAUGUUGUUAAUGAUCAAUUAAAUAUUGUUGAUAUUGCUAAACUCAAGCCAGUAUCAAGAUUAGGUGGUAUUACCUUUGGUAGAACUAUUUCAGGUUAUGAAGCUUUAAGACCUGAUUAUGAAAAAGAUGUAGUUAAUAAUGAUGCUGCUAAAGAAUUCCUUUAA